AGUCAUUCUACCCUAGGUAUUCGUCUGAUUCCUUUGCUUGUUCAUCAUCAGCCGUCUUUGUGUUUUGACCCAACAAUAUCUUAAUGGAACAGUUUAUUCUAUAAAUAGUUAUAUUAGGUCAUGCGAUCUACAUUGGCAAUUUUUAGGCCAUUCAUUUGGGAUUGUCUAACUGAUGACUCAUAUUAUAUUACAAUCUAAUGUAAUCCGUAGGGAUUAAAUCCAUGGAUUAGUUUUAUUUAUUUUUCGGAGAAAAUACAUGGAUUUCAAUCCCAAAUUGUUAAUCUAGGCUGUUAAUUUUUUUUAUUUAUCCCCGUUAUCCAUACUGUCUUCAUCCAUGUAAUAUCCCAAAAAUUCUCUGUCAACAACAUGGACCAAGAACUGCGAGUAAAAUUUUGUUAUUCUGUUGAAUAGAAAAUACAGAAUUACAGAUAGUAAAGGAAAAGGAAACAAGAGCAAAUUACACAAAGAUGACUACCGCAAACACUGAUGCAAUCCGUAAUAUAAUUGGGGUCAUCGGAAAUGUGAUUUCUUUCGGUCUAUUCGCCUCUCCUGCACCUACAUUUUAUAAGAUCAUCAAGAAAGGAGCAGUGGAGGAUUUUUCUCCAAACCCUUACCUCGCCACCAUACUCAACUGUGCACUAUGGGUUUUUUACGGCCUUCCUUUUGUUCAUCCACACAGCAUUCUUGUUGUCACCAUCAAUGGAGUGGGUCUCGUUGUAGAAUUCGCCUACAUCUUCACUUAUCUCAUGUACGCCAACAAAAAGCAAAGACUGUACGUGUUCAAAGUGUUGGCAAUUGAAAUUGUUUUCUUUGCCUUGGUAGUUGGUGUUACUCUUGGGUUCCUGCACACUAUCGAGAGAAGGACAAUGGUUGUCGGAAUUUUCUGUCUCAUCUUCAACAUUGCCAUGUAUGCAAUGCCAUUGGACGUAAUGCUGUUGGUUAUCAGAACAAAAAGUGUUGAGUACAUGCCGUUUUUCCUUCUCCUUGCAAAUUUCCUCAAUGGUGGAACUUGGUUGACGUUUGCAUUGCUCCGUUUCGAUCUUUACAUCUUCAUAAGUAAUGGUUCUGGUUGUAUUCUUGGCUUAAUCCAAUUGAUAAUAUACGGAACUUACUACAAGUUGACCCCAAAGAAAAACAAUGAUGAUGAGAAGCCUUCUGGGGAUGUGCAGCUCUCGAGUGUCUGAUCGCCAAGCACAGAGAUGAGGGAGGAAAUGAAGCUUGAAAUGAACUUACCUCUCUGAAGUGUUCGAAGUUGAAAAUGCGCAUCUUUGGUUUCUUAAUAGGAUGCUUAAUUCUUCAAAGAAGAAUCAAUUUUCUGUAAAGAAAUUACAUUUUAUCCACAAAAAAUGAUAUCAUGCAUCAAUCUAAAACCUUUUUUUUUUUU